UUUCUUUUUUCUUUUCUUUUCUUUUCUUUUUUUUACUUGUCUUGCCCUUGGUCGUUUCGCCUUCUUUACUUUUGUUAUCCGGCUAUUUUCUCCGAUUCACCCUGUCGGAUGCUCUGCCAGAUCGCUCCCGUUCCCCUUUCUUGCGCCUCCGAAUCGUCGUCUCAGUAGCAUCGCUGGCCCGCUACCGGGCGUUCGACACCUUGGGGUAUCUUGGACAAACAACAGCUAGCUACCUCUUCCUCUCGCCGUUUCCCUUCAUAAUAAAGUAUCGGGUGCUUGGUCGGUGAAGGUCAUCAUGGAAUCACCGGCUGUAUAUCCGCCGGAUUCUCCUUUGGAGCAGGAUGAUGUUCCUUUUCCUUGCAAGGGUUGUGGAGAGAUUCUCGAAGAAGGCAAGGCUUUUGAAUUGGCGGGCAAUCGAUGGCACAUCGACUGUUUCCGUUGUAGUACAUGCGCCACCCUUCUGGACUCGGACGCGCAUUUGCUGCUUCUCGGAGAUGGCUCGUUGAUCUGCAGCAAUUGUACUUACAGUUGCAGCUCAUGUGGAGACAAGAUCGAGGAUCUGGCCAUCCUCACUGGUGACCAGGCCUUCUGCGCACAAUGCUUUCGAUGUCGGAACUGCAAAAGGAAAAUCGAGAAUCUACGUUACGCUCGAACUUCUCAGGGUAUAUUUUGUAUGGAUUGUCACGAAUCUUUGAUGCAGCGGCGGAGGAAACGAAACCGCGGUGUCGCUCCUAGUAGGAAACAUCCGCCUGGCGUGAAACUCGACAAGUCCCUCCCCUCGCUACCCCCAGAAGACCCCGAAUCUCUCUCACGCCCGGCCGAUGAUCCUGCCGCCGACUCGUAUGCCGACGCUACAACAGAGGUAGCCUCCCGCGGUGCGGCGCCUGCCUUGGAUGCCGGAAGGGUUGACCGCUCGGCGCACCGCCAGUCUACUCAUCAAGAUGACCUCAUCCUCCCGUCGAGCACUUACCGAAGCAAUCGCUAUUCCGUGAUACCUCGCGAUACAACAGAGGCCGAUGGUGGUGGCGGGGAACUACUCAUUCCUCUUGCAUUCGACCCCGCUGAGGAACAUCGAUCUUCACACCCACAACCGCCACAGCAUAGCAAUGAACCUAACUACUUUAGCCAUAAGCCUGCUGGAUCCUCGCAACCCACGUCCGAAGUUUCGUCGCCCCAUAUUGCCUACCAGGAGAAGGGACGAGAGCGCGCCGACAUCGAUCCGAGCCGUUGGCGUCAGGAAGUUGGUGCCGCAGCAAAUGGGACUUCUGCUGAUAAGUCUCGCGCACAUAACCUGGAUGCUUUCAAAGCCCAUGAUGUGCACAAGACUUCCAAAUCAAGCUCUGCCCGUAGCUCGAGGUCCGACCUGCCAUUGACCAGUUCUUUCUCUACGCCGAGCCCCGAGAGUGUCGAAUCGACCAUCCGCAAUAAGGACAGCUCAACAAUCGAUUCGCGGAGGUCGACUGCACUUGAUAGCACUGCUACGCUUCCUUCUCGCCCAUCCCAUGAACUUCGUAAGCUGCAUGAAAACAAUUCCAUGGAUUCAUCACGCUCUUUCCCGUCAUCUGCCACAAGCAUGCAGCACCCCCCUAAACGAGGAGACUCGCUGGAGAGUAAACUGCACCAGAUCCCAAGAAAAGAAUUGGGAGCAUCCCCCCGUUCGCAGUCAAUUAGCGAAGGCGAGGAGUGGAGUGCGCGCUCAACUCCUGCCUUGGGCCAAGAUGGCUCAUCCACAUACACGUCUGGUACUGGCAAGGCCACCCCGAGACUGGGUGAAUCUCCACGCAUCCCCCGCAGCGAUUUCAAUGCUGAGGCAUCGAAACCGCAUGCCCGCAAUGAAUCUGUGAAUACCCUCCAAUCAGACCCUUAUCGCCCGGCUGAGCGUGCGGCCUCUCCGUCCUUGUUGCGCUACAGCGUUGGAGGAGACUUGUCCAUGGAUGAAGAUAUGAUGCGACUAAUGGGCUCGGACGAUUCGCAAAAUGGUAUCACCAGCGAGUCCUUUUUGCGCCGUGUCUCAAACUCUGUACGCCACGGUCGCAGUUUCAGCGACAAGGGCUCGCGCCUUUCCAGAGAUGCCAAGUGGCCCAGGUCCCCCGUCAAUGGAACAACGCCCAUGCAGGACAUUGGCAGUCCAUCCGCCACGGGCUCUCCUGAGAACCGGACAGAUGAUGUGGCAUGGCUUCGCAGCGAAUUGCGCAGAGAGCGCCAGCGUGUCAACGAGAAGGAGCAAAGGAUCGCCGAGAUGGAAGCCAUACUUAACGCGCAGGCGGAUGUCAAGCAGGUCAACACAGAACUCCACGAGAAGCGGUCCACCAUGGUUGUUUUGGAUGCGAGAAAGGAGAUUGUCAUGCGGGAGCUUGGUGUGCUAACCGAUCACCUCGAGGCCGAGAAGCGCGGCGGCAGCGGUCCUUUGGAUCUCGGGAAAAUCACAAACCACGUCCUGCGGGAGUUUGUCGAGUCUAUCCAGAAACUCAAGGACUCGUUUACUCCGCAAAUCGAGGAUCUUGUUCAAAAGCGCAACGACACCGCUGAGGAGCUUGCCAACCUGAACAGGAUGAAGGAUAAGAGCUUCCAGGAGUUCGAGCAGCUGUCCUCCAAGAAUGCACAACUCGCCGAAUUGAACAACCAGCUAGUCCACCAGAUCCAGGAGCUCUACAAGGCAAACUCUGUCGAUGGCAACCGUGGGGCUAACGGUCUUGGAAUCUACUCUCACAGCAAAGAAAAAUCCAUGAAUUCCAUCGAUGCCUUGAAGCCCGCUGGGGACCUCGCCAAUUCCAUGUCUGCCAACAUCUCAGAGGAGGCUGAACCGGCCACCAUUGUUCCCGGCCCUCAGGUUGUCAGCAUCCGCAAAGGACAACCCCGCAAGUUCAACUGGAAGAAAGGAGGUCAGAACGUCGCCAAGGGAGUCACAAAGGGUCUUAAAGGUGCCUUCGGAUCAAGCGACCAAGAUCCUACCCCUGGUAUUCCGCGCUCCCAGACCCAGGACCCCAGCCGUCCAGGAUUUGGGUUCUUUGGAGCCCCGAGAAACAAGCAGGCUGGAACGAAAAUGCCCCAAACUGAUAGCGUUCCAGUCUUGACUGAUGCUACUCCUGCUGGAGGACUUUUUGGCACAGAUUUGGAAGCACGCAUGGAGCACGAGAAGAGCAUCAUUCCCGCUAUUAUUACCCGUUGCAUACAGGAAGUUGAAUUACGAGGAAUGGACAUGGAAGGAAUCUACCGUAAAUCUGGUGCAAGCUCAGCUAUCCAGACUAUUCGUGAAGGGUUUGAACGAUCACCUCAAGAUUAUGAUAUCUCAGACCCCGAUCUUGAUAUCCAUGCCGUGACAUCGGCUUUGAAGCAGUAUUUCCGGAAGCUGCCCACGCCUCUGAUUACUUACGACGUUUACGAAUUAAUUAUUGACACUGGCGACAUCACCUCACAACAAGCCCGCGUUGAGGCCCUCCAAAGGAGCCUUCAGGAGCUGCCGCGCGUUCACCAGGACGUGCUGGAGUUCCUCGUCUUCCACCUGAAGCGUGUGGUUGAGCGCGAAAAGGAGAACCUGAUGACUAGCCAGAAUAUCGCUGUGGUGUUCGCUCCGACUAUCAUGAGACCAGAGAGUCUGGCCCGCGAGAUGACUGAUGUGCAGAAGAAGAACGAAGUCUUGAAGUUCUUGGUGGAUAACUGUCAGGAGGUGUUUAUGGGUAUGCAGGGUUAAGUUCGAUUGGAUCUCGCCCAUUUCAGGGAUGUUGGGUCCUCGUCUUAAUAUCUACCCCUUUGCUUAAUCUUUGCCAUUUCU